CAAACAUCUGCAGCGCCGCCAGUACCAAACACGGCAAAUGAUGGAACUCGUUGAGCAUAACGAAUGAUAACGAAGUAGACAUAUCUAGUAGCUAUAUAUUAUACCAUAUGAGAUAUAUAAUAACACGGCAAUUACAAACAAGAAAAUAAUAAAUAAAAAUGAAAUACUGUGUUGUCCAUUGGUGCAAUAAUUCUAUUCAUAAAAAGAAAAAGACAGGAAAGCAUGUGGCUUUAUUUGCAUUUCCAAAAUAUCUGGAACAUCGUACAAAAUGGGUGAAAGCAUUGAAAAAUGUGGCCAUAAAAACAAAUAGCACUGUAUGUCAAGAACAUUUUAAUGAAACUUGUAUGUACAAAACUGGAUUGUCAUCAUUACGCUUGUACGAAGGAUCUGUACCAUCUAUAUUUUCACAUGUUUCUAAUUUAAGCAUAACAGAAAGUAUACACUGUAACGAAAACAAUAAUGCAUCUUCCGAAGUAUUGAUGGAAGAUGAAUCAACAAUUGGUUCUCAUCAAGGACAAAUACAAGAUGACAUAUUCAACAAAAACCAAUACUGUGGCAUCAAGUAAUAAAUGUUU